GCCAGUCGAAGACGGAGAGGUGGCCCUGGAGCCCGGACGCACUGCUUAGGUGUAAAGAGGUUUGUGCCCUAAAAGAACAGUAAUAUUCCCAUUUUCUCUCACUUGGCUGUCGGCGUACACAAACGUGAUGUGGUACGCCGCACGCUUAGUUUCCCAGUGAGUGUGAGCGACCGUGCGCUGCGGCGCCCUGCAGAUUUAAAAAAAAAAAAAAAAAAAAAAAAAAAAAGUAGCUUGAUGAGAAUCCAAAGUAGUGGAAGUUUGGAGGGGACGCCAUCUUGGUCCCAGCUCUCCACGUCCCCAACACGGACUGUGUUUCAGCAGCAUACCACGGCAGGGGUGAAGGCCUCGGAAGGCACCAUGGAGGAGCUGCACAGCCUGGACCCCCGCAGACAGGAGCUGCUGGAGGCUCGUUUCAUGGGAGGGGUCAGCGGCAGCACAGGGGGAAGCACCUGCAGCACCAGCGGAGGAACCAAAGGACUGACCAACAAUGAAUGUUCAAAUCAUAGUUUUGGCAGUUUGGGAUCCUUGAGCGACAAGGAGUCAGAGGGCUCUGAUGUAAAAAGAGGCAGUUCUCCUGCAUAUUCGACUCCAGAAAAGAAGCAGUCGGAAACAACCAGAGGCAGAAAGAGGAAGCCUGAGAUCCAGUCAGAGAGCAGCCAAGGAAAAUCUGCUGUGCGAGGACCCAAAAUAAGUGACUAUUUUGAUUUUCAUGGUGGGAAUGGCUCCAGUCCUGUGAGAGGUCUGCCCCCAGUGCUCCGCUCACCCCAGAACUCACAUUCCCAGUCGGCUCAGGGCGUUGCUGUUCGACAAAAUAGCUCCUCUCCUACUAAUAUGUCUUUUGGGGACCAGAUGACAAAUCCAAAGCAACUAUCGGCCAAAUUUGUUCAGACUGAUCUUACAGUUUUGAAAUUGGCCGCCCUUGAAAGUACGAAGAACCUAGACCUCGAGAAGAAGGAGGGUAGGAUAGAUGACUUGCUAAGGGCAAACUGUGAUCUCAGGAGGCAAAUAGACGAGCAGCAGAAAUUACUUGAAAAGUAUAAGGAACGCUUGCAUAAAUGCAUGGACAUGAGCAAAAAGCUGCUCAUAGAAAAGAGCAACCAGGAGAAGCAGGCUUGUCGGGAGAAGAGCAUGCAGGAUAGAUUACGUCUGGGCCAUUUCACCACGGUGAGACACGGGGCCUCAUUCACAGAGCAGUGGACAGACGGCUACGCCUUCCAAAACCUCGUCAAGCAGCAGGAGUGGAUAAAUCAACAGAGAGAAGACAUCGAGAGGCAGAGGAAACUUCUUGCGAAGAGGAAACCUCCGUCCUCCAGCAACUCCCAAGCACCAAGCCCGAACUCGGAGCCAAAGCAACGCAAAACCAAGGCAGUGAACGGAGCAGAAAACGAUCCCUUCCUAAAACCCAGCCUACCUCAACUGCUGACUCUAGCAGAGUACCACGAGCAGGAAGAAAUCUUCAAACUGCGACUUGGACAUCUGAAGAAGGAAGAAGCUGAGAUCCAGGCUGAGCUGGAGCGCCUGGAGAGAGUCCGCAACCUUCACAUUAGGGAGCUGAAGAGAAUAAAUAAUGAAGACAGCUCCCAAUUUAAAGACCACCCCACGCUAAAUGAACGGUAUCUGCUCCUGCACCUCUUGGGCCGUGGGGGCUUUAGUGAAGUUUACAAGGCUUUUGACUUGAUCGAACAACGGUAUGCUGCUGUGAAAAUUCACCAACUUAACAAGAACUGGAGGGAAGAGAAGAAGGAGAACUAUCACAAGCACGCGUGUCGAGAGUACAGAAUACACAAGGAGCUGGACCACCCCCGGAUCGUGAAGCUGUACGACUACUUCUCGCUGGACACCGACACGUUCUGUACCGUCAUGGAGUACUGCGAGGGCAACGACUUGGAUUUCUACUUGAAGCAGCAUAAGCUAAUGUCGGAGAAAGAGGCGCGCUCCAUCGUCAUGCAGAUCGUCAACGCACUAAAGUACCUAAACGAGAUCAAGCCUCCCAUCAUCCAUUACGACCUGAAACCAGGCAACAUCUUGCUGGUGGACGGCACGGCCUGCGGCGAAAUAAAAAUCACCGACUUCGGCCUUUCCAAAAUCAUGGACGACGACAACUACGGCGUCGACGGGAUGGACCUGACGUCACAGGGGGCGGGGACCUAUUGGUACCUCCCUCCUGAAUGUUUUGUGGUCGGUAAAGAGCCCCCAAAGAUCUCCAAUAAGGUGGACGUGUGGUCGGUAGGAGUCAUCUUUUUCCAGUGUCUGUACGGGAGAAAGCCUUUUGGCCACAACCAGUCCCAGCAGGAUAUCCUGCAGGAGAACACUAUUCUCAAAGCUACUGAGGUCCAGUUUCCUGUGAAGCCAGUUGCCAGCAAUGAAGCUAAGGCCUUCAUAAGACGCUGCCUGGCGUACAGGAAGGAGGACCGAGUCGACGUUCUCCAGCUGGGAAGCGACCCCUACCUGCUCCCUCAAAUGCGAAGAUCGAGCUCCUCUGGGAACCUGCAGUUGAGUUCUGCUAGCGCCGGCUCGGCCUCGUCCAGUCUCAUCUCAUACUGACAGUUUUUAAACUUUAUAAGAAAGGCGAACUGACAGCAGAAGUUGCAACUAACGAGCCUCACCGGGAGGCCUGGAGCGGCAGCAGAAGGAGCGGGGCGCGUUCUCCUGGCCUUUCCUCUGACCUGCACCCGGAUUCGUCUCCUUCACCAGGACUUUGUCAGCGGAGGGACGGAGGAGAAAGCGUUUUAAAGAACAUGCAUAAAUGGAUCGCUGAGGGGGGGUGGGGGUGGGGGUGGGGGCUCCGGCAAGCGCACUGAAACUUUGUAUCUUGAAGAAAAUGUUACUGGCCACGCUGCAGUGCCGCUGCAGACGGGCGGAGCAUUCGGUGGCUGAACGGAGGAUCGGCCGCGUGCCAUUUAGAUUUCAUAAGACUGUCCUGCCGGGAUGCAAACGAUUCAGCUGCUAGAAGUUAAUUUACUGUGAGAAGAAGUCGGUCAUCGUUAAGUAGAUCUAAAGAAAUUUCACCAUUGAUUUGGAUAAUUGUUCUGUUUUUUUCCACAAAUGUUAGGCUUUAAUAUGAGUUACUUAGCCAUGGGAAUGUAACGUGUAGCAUAUAAGUGGCAUCUAGUGUCAUGUAGGCCGCAGCAGCAUACUUACAUACAUUAAAUGCACAAAGUAACCAAAUGUAGAAAUUUGAUGUAUAAAAACCCUAUGCAGGAAUAUUAACAUAUAAAUUGGAAACUGUAUAUGCUGUAUAGGUGAAUUUUCAAGAUCUGAAAUGCAGCAGUAAUGUGUACAAGGCGUUUAAAAGUUUUCCUGACCUAAAA